CAACAGGUCAUUUCUCCGGGCGAGGGGAGCGCGGCUACCGGCCGCCGUCCCCGAGACAGUCGCGUACUGUUCUCCGCGGUGACUGCACGUCGCUGCUCGCGUCCGCGCGCUCCACAAACCGCGAUAUAUUUCGAUUACAUCGUGCAAGUAAUGUGCGCAAACGCACACCUCGGUAAACCGUUUGUUGACAGCCAGUCGUGACAGUGCAAAUGUCUCCCAGUUUAGAAGGGAUCAUGUUCAACCGAAACACGAACCUGUCGGCGCGCCGGCCGUUGUUGGCGGAACCGCAAAAGCCUCUAAUGGUCCCACCACGCGCACCUCCCCGCGACACUGGCCCGCACCGGCCCUUGCCUGCGCCCAGGAACCUGCCUACAGAAUAUUCCUACGAAUACCGACCAGAUUAUUGGAAACCAUCGAACGUCGAACUCGAAAGGCGGCUACACGAGACAAGGGCACGCGAGAAAGUUGGAUACUUUCAAGACAAAGUAACAGCUCCAGAUCUAAGUCUGGACCGUAGAGAAGCGGAGCUCGUGUUCAGGUUCGAUCCACAGGCGUCUGACGAGUAUCUUACGAGUCAGUACCGUGCACCGGUAGUGCAUUAUGCGAAGCCCCCGACUCCGGCGAACGGGUUCGCUGCCCGUGUGCCCGAGAGAGACGGGCCGUUCGUGUUCGGUGUGCACAGUCCAAGCCAGUUCCCGAUUUCACGGCGGGAUGAAGACGACUACGACUACUCCGAAGUGGCUGAAGAGAAUGGCCGCACUGUGAUACGAGACGAUGUGUCUGAAGACUUGAAUUGCUGUGAUAAAGUGAACGAGUGGGCGGUCAGGGAUAAAAAGAGCAGACGGACUUUGAACCGCAUGUUUCAAAUUAAAGACAGAAGGAAGGUGAAAGGUGGAAAAAAAGAGAAGAUAAAGUGUGUGUUGGUGGGUGACGGAGCUGUAGGAAAGAGCUCGUUGAUAGCGGCAUACGCGCAGGAUACAUUCCGGGAAGACUAUCAGCCUACGGCAUACGACACAUUCAAUGUUGUGGUUGACGUAGACGACCGACCGCUCUGCGUAGAAAUCUGUGAUACUGCUGGACAGGAUUCAAUGUCCGAGCUCCGAGAGCUCUGUUACCCUGGGACUGAUGUGCUGAUGCUGUGCUUCUCUGUGGUGAGGCCGGAGACCUUCAGGUCUGUCGCCGAGAGGUGGACCAAAGCUGUGGCUAACGUGAACGCGCCGCUCAUACUCGUCGGAACGCAGAGCGACCUCGCGCAAGACUCUAGAGUUAUACAGACUUUGAGGAAUCGAGGCGAGCAUGUUGUUACGGAACUGGAGGCGAAGGCACUAGCAGCCAAGAUCGACGCAGUCUACAUAGAAACCUCAUCUAAAACUAGAAAACAGUUGAAGGACGCUUUCGACGCCGCCAUUUUGGCAGGCCUGCCAAUUAGACACGGCAAAAAACCUUUUUGGAAGAAACUAUUCUGUCUAAGUUAAAAUAUAUUAUUUUAGAUAAAAAUGGACUAUUUUGUGAAUGCCUAUUUGGUAAUUGUUGUGUACAGUAGUACUGUAUAGAAAUUGUUGGGAAAGAGACGGACCAGUUUAAAACUUCGUUAUCUUUUGUAGAUAGAUAAUAAAUAAUCAUUUAUUGGAUACUAGCAAGCUUUAAAUGUUCUGUCUGUGUUAUCACUGUUAGAAAUUUUCACUGCGAAAGAAAACUUAUAAGCUUUACUAUUUUUUCGACUUGUGUUCCUGUUCGGAGUGCCUUUAGAAAUGUAUUAGCAUUGUCACAUCGAUGUUUGUUGCUCUUAAGAAUGUGCCAGGCGCCUAAUAUUAAAUUCUAUAAGAAUAAUAUGGAUUCAAAGAGACAAUUUGUAUUAUUUUUGGUCUUGUUACUUUGACUUUUGUUAAUACCUAUAGGUACUAAACAUAAACUUGUAUUAAUGAAGUUGUAUUUUGAAUAUUCAUAAUCUGGUAACAAAAUUAUAUUCUCUUGUUUCUUCAGUCUUAUUACUCAAAGAUAUUUCUAUAACUAUAAUAAAGACUUGCAAAAAGAUUCAAUUGCAAAUGGAAACAUCUGAUAGGAUCUUAUACUUAAUACUAAAGGAAUAGAGCCGUAAAUACCCUGAAGUCUAUGAAAUGAGGAUUUUUAAAAAGAACUACAAUUCUGAAUUGCCUCAAUUAGCUUUGAUUCGGAGGAACUAUCCAUUUUAUUAUAAAACGUGGUCCUAAAUUAGUACCUGCUACACAUAGUCCGUUGUUUAAACCUGGACCAAAUUAAUUUAAUAACAGUCCAUUCCCAAACUGUUUAAAUACUUAAUAUUGACAAUGGUAGUAGUUUGACCGUUAUCAAUAUAUAUACCUAUAUAUAAUGAAGGUACCAAAUAUAUAAGUUUUCAACAUAAUACCAAUUGCAUAUGUCACAAACUAACCCAGAACAUUAAGUUACCCAAUCUGACAGAUUUCAUAAAAAAAUGUCUUUAUUGUUUUGUAAUAAAGUUUGAAAUCCAUUGAGUAAAGACAGAUUGGAAGAAAUAAAUGAUAUUAUUUUCUAUUCUAAGCUUCCUGUACAUAAAUAAUUGUAAUUUUUAUUUGAAUUUUCUGGUUUAAACGAGGUGCUGAACUUAUUGUUUUUUAUAAUAAAAUGGAUUACAAAUGAAAUUCAAGAAUAAAAAAUGCGCAAUGAUCAGGAUCAAGCGUAACGGGCCCUUCUUAAUGGCUGAGAAGAUUAAUAAAAAGAUGGUGUUCGUAAUUUGAAGUAUGUUACAGCUACACCAAUUUAGCUUUCGGUAGAUGGCGUCUUGAGCGCUUUUGGGGACAUUCGGUUUUAUUACAAAACAAGGUUUCUCUUUAGUCUAGGUCUGGACUAUUGAAGCCAGUUUUUGUAUUUCAAAUUAAAAGCAGGUGAGAAUAAGAUUCAAAAUACAAAUCCUGACUCAAUGAUUUAAACCUGGACUGAAGAUAAAUUCCGUUUUGUAAUAAGGGGGAUUGUCUUUAACUUAUGACUACAAUCAUACGUCAUUCGAAGUGAUAAAGCAAUGUAGCUAUCUCUAUCACACAUUAUCACAUUAAAAGGACCAGAGCGAGAAAGAAACAUGAAAAUGAACUACGCUUUAAAUGUCUCAGCCAUUCAUUUAAGACCUUCUAAUGAUAAAUUGUUGUACAGUAAUAAUAAAAAAUGUAAUUUUAAGUGUUAUAGGUGUAUAUAUUGGAUAAUUAUUUUAAUUAAUGUUGUUUUGAUACUCAACACGAACUGAUAUAAUAAUAUUUUAUUAUAAUUAAA